AUGGCAAGAGUCAUAUAUGCCUUGUGCGUCUAAUAUCUAAUUGGCUGGAAUCUCUUUGUUCAUUUAUUCCAUUUCGUCUCUAGCCAAGCUCCAAUGCGAUUGUUGCAUAUUUGUCUUAUGCCAUAAUGAUAGCACUGGCUGAGGAAUGUGGUCGGCGAAGAGAUCCGUCGUACGCUCUUCCUUCCACGGGUCAGGAACUCGCAACUCAUGGUGAGGCUUUUCUUUGUUGCAUUACACAGCGGGGUUUUCUGUGGUGUUUGGUCCAAGUUUACUUGCAUUUCGGAUUUUCCGUUCUCAGGAGAGAGGGCCCUGGAAGAAGGCGCAUAUUGGAAUCAUCUGAUCUGUGCUGUUUCCACUGCCCAUAUCUCUGUUAAUCUCUCUAGGAUGAGCACCGUCGAUUGAUAGAAG